UCUACACAUAACCGAGCUGUCACAGUCAUUGUCGCCGCGCGUGUCAACGCUGACCUUUACCGCUUUAAAAAAAAUAAAAGUCAUCGACAACAAUAAAAAAUUAAUCAGCGAGGCAAAGAGCACGUCGAUGUUCAUUUUUUUAAAAAUCGAAUCGUGUUUCUGUUGUUGAAAGUUAAUAAAAAUGUCACGAUGGAAUUAUUAUAGGUGUUCGAUUGUUGUUUGAAUUGUGUUCCAUUUUUAAAUCGUGUUCCAAAACUAUGCAUUUGGAUUUUAUAUAAACAAAAGUGAAAUCGCUGAUGGGAAUUCCGCGUUCCAUUUUCAAGUGCUUCCGAAUUCAAACAUUUGUUAUAUUUGUAAACAUUAAACAAUGAUAUUGUAAAUAUCCGAUUGUUUAUUAAGUUUUUGAAUCGUAAUUGAAACUUCUCGUUCCAUUUUUAAGUGAAAUCAUUCAAAUAUGGUUCAAAUUAAACAAACAAAAGUAUUAUUGUGGAAAAUUAUUCAAGUUCGAAUUUUGAAUCGCGGUUUGAUGUCUGGAAACUGUGUUCCAUUUUCAAGUGAAGUGUGUUCGAAUUGAAAGUUGAAACUUUGGAUUGUUUUCAAGCAAGCUUUGGAAAACUUUUGUGCGAGACUAUUGGAAAAAGUUAGCAUCGAUAAAAGUUUGAGGAAAAACAGACUUUAUGUUGUCAAUGUAAAUAAGAGUUGUUUUGAUCAAAAAUGGCGCAAGCUGUGAAAACAGAUGACCGAUAUAAUAAAGAAUACAGAAGAAUACGAAGAGUUACUUCGGAUUUGGCUACACGGCAAUUUUCUUCAGAAUAUGGCCUUACCGAGGAACAAGUUGCAGAAUUCAAAGAAGCUUUCAUGCUGUUCGACAAGGACGAGGACGGGACGAUCACGAUGGCUGAACUCGGAGUCGUCAUGCGAUCUUUGGGACAGCGACCGUCGGAGACUGAACUGCGAGACAUGGUGAAGGAAGUGGAUCAGGACGGCAACGGUACGAUUGAGUUCAACGAGUUCCUUCAGAUGAUGUCGAAGAAGAUGCGCGGGGCGGAUGGCGAGGACGAGCUUAGAGAGGCUUUCAGGGUAUUCGACAAAAACAACGACGGGCUUAUAUCGUCCGUAGAGCUUAGACACGUGAUGACGAACUUGGGGGAGCGAUUGAGUGAAGAAGAAGUUGAUGACAUGAUCCGCGAAGCAGACCUUGACGGCGAUGGCAUGGUCAACUACGAUGAAUUCGUAACAAUACUGACGUCGAAAAACUAGUAUGCAGAGCAAAGGCCGAGGAAAGAUCGCCCCCCGCCGCGGCAAUGUCCCUACUCGGACCUCACCAGGUUCGGGGGCAAAGAAACUCUUAUAUAGUUGCCAUAACAACGGCUAGUGUUUACGUGUGGACACGAUGUACGCUUUGUGGGAGUGUGAACGCACCCUUAUAGAUGCGUAUGGAACAAGCCUAAUGUCUCCCAACGAAUUGUAAACGUGCGGUAUGAACGGCCUUCGCAUAGUGAUUGGUACAGUUUGGUACAAUUUUAUAUCGAAAAAGUGAUAUCUUGUACCUUUUAUAUUAUCUCUUUUUUAAGUUCUGCCUACAGUAAUAAUAUUGUAAUAUGUUUUUGUCAAAUAUUUUAUUCUGAUAUUAAUAUAAAAUAUUUAAUGGCGACACUGUAAUUUACUUUUGUGCUUGAUGACUAUAGUGUUGUUCUGAUUGACUUUUCACUGUCGAUAAACUGCCACAAUCAUGGUUAUUUUAUCGACGGUCAUAACACUAUAAUAUUAUAUCUAGCAGACCAAAUGCCUAAUCGCUAUACUGAAUAACAAAACAAUAACUAGCAAUCUGUUGUUUUUAGUUUUAGAAUUGCUAGCUGAUGAGCUGUGUAAUUUAAGUUUAUAUUAUAAUUUUUUACAAAGUUUCGGCGUUGCAUUGAUAUGUUAUACUAAUAAAAAAUAUGUCAUGGUUCCAAGAGUGACUGUAUAAUCUUGUAAAAACCCAUCAAAAUUUUCAAGCAGUUUGUAUGCCCAUCUGUAAAUACUGCAGGGGUGAAUGAUAACUUCUGAUAAUAUUCUAUUAUAAUAUUAUAAACGGACUCUGAAAUAACGCGUACUUUUGUACGGGCAUCACUAGUAAAACUUUUUGCCAUUUUGACGAGUUUAAUAGUCGUUUUAUAUAUCAAUAUUCUAAUAAAUGUGUGAAAUGCAUCGAUUGUAAAAUGCAAGACAACGUUUCAUUAUGAAUAAGAAUAAAAUGUACCUAUCUAUAGUUAAUUCAAAAUAAUGACAUUAGAUUUAGAAUAAAAAUUUGUUAGGCUAACAAAUUAAAUAACUCGUCAAAACGGCUAUAAAGUUUCACAUUAACUACAAUAUCUAAUGAAUAAAUUGUUUAUGAUUAUGUAGGAGAAAAAUUUGACGUUUUUAAUAUAAAUGAUGUUUAAAUAAAGACAAUUGUUUAGUCAAAAAAUGUAGCUAAAAUGAUUUCUUGAUGAGAAUAGGACCAAUCGUCAUGAUAUUUAUUUUUUCUAAUUAAUGUCUAUUCCAAAAGAACUGAAUAAAAAAAAUAAUGCGAAAAAGACGUUUUUUUGUGGAUAUCAGCUAACCAAAUAAAACUUAUACUAAGUUACACUUAGUUACAACACUAUUAUGAAUUUUUAAAAAUUAUUAUUGUUAAAAACAAUAUUAGUACAUAAUAUUAAUAUGGAUUACAUACUUACAAAUAGUCUUAUUCUCAUAUGAAACGUCGAAUUAAUCAAUAGGCCAGGAGCUAGUGCCAGAAAAGUAUAAAAUAAAAUUACUAACUAACUUCUGGUCUAAACAGUAAUCAACAAUUAGUAGGUAAUAUUAUAAAAAAUGAGAGGAACUAAAACUUAAUAGUAACUAAACAAUCGCGCGACUUAAACUUUUGAUAUGGAGCUUAGAAUAAAAAAUCAUGAAUAUUCCAUGUUGUAGAAUGUAACAUAUUGACAAAAGUCUAUCUAUACUUUUGGAAUGGGUACAGACAGUAAUAACUCAAAAAUAUAGGUUUAAAAAUCCGGCCGGGAUACCGUUCGAAAAUACCUACCGAGUACCGACUGAUUAAAAAUAUAAAAAAAUCAUUUAGGUCAAUUUUUUCCGCUUAUGACAAGAUGACGCCAUCACUCGAACGCAAAUAAGUUUCUACUGAGAAGAGCAGGCAGUACACUCAGCGGUUUUUUCAAAGGCAUUGUAAACAUUUUACAGCAGAUUUUUUUUUGUUAUUAUUGAAAAUUUUACGAUUAAACUUCCAUUGCCUGAUCUAAUUACUGGAUAAUAUGGAGAAAGGACGUGUGGAAUGGUGCCAAGAAUACUAGCUGUAUUUCCUCACUGAACAUCUAGGGUCGAAAAUUCUAGUCGAAUCUUUGCGCCAAAAAUUAGCCAGCCCUUCUGUCAUGAUGAAAUGUCUCGUAAAAUUGUGUCAUUAAUGUAACAAAACAUUUAUUAACAUAUUGUGGAAUUCAUAGCCAGGUAACUUUGACAUUGAAAAUUUAUGAAAUGAAAAUGAAUAGAAUGGAAUCAGAGCGGUAUCUUAUAAAACAGAGAGUAAAAUGAAAUCCAGAAAGUGUGGCCGGAAUUUUAACCUAAGUAUUUAAACUUUCUAACGAUAACUGAUAACUUCAGCACUAGCUAGCUUGUGUGAUUUUGAGAAAGAAAGGUUUUUAAAACCCUAAUGCCAUUACACCGUAGGCCUUAGUGUAACUUUUAAGUUAGAUAACGUGACAUGUGUAGACGCUGUCGUAUCAAAUGACGUCACUAUUGGGCAUUUUCAUGUCGAUGUCACGUUUUUAACCUGAAAACUUGUACUACGGGCUAUACCUUAGGGCGUUUACACAACAAUGGUGCGAUGACGCAUCGCAAAAUCUGCAACGAUGUAUUUAUAGCACAUCGUAUGUAGUAUCGCAAUAUUUAAGUCAUUUCAGCUGUUCUACACUUUGAACAGGUUCAUAAUAAUAGAUAAAAAUGGAAGCAUCCAAUAUUUUCUUCUUUUUUACUUAGAGUCAGUUGAAGUAUUCCUACUACAAUACAUGUAGUGCGGUCCGUGUCUAGAAUCUGUUGGCCAAGUUCACUUCAGAGAAAUAUCUUAUUUACCUACGGUGACAUAAGCAUUUUUUAGAGAGCAAGAGAGAAAAAUAAAAGAUUUUUUGAUAGAAAGAGAGGCAUUUAUUAAUUUUUCGCCACAGUGCUGUGCGAGCUAAUUUUGCUACGUAACACCUCAUAACAAUCUUCUUCAAUUAUCUGUCUUUGUGGUUGGUCCUUCUGUACUUGGCAUGUACUUAAUCAUUCUAUGCUAGAACACAGAUUAAGUUAGUUACUAAACUGAACUUAAUCUGUAUUGUCGUACGAUGCCGGAUGCGAUGAAAUUUUAACGUUGCAUUAUCGCAUCGCAUUGCGCUGUGACGUCGCUCUUCGAUGUGUUACCGCACAGCAGUAUUGUGUAAGCGCCCUAAUAAAACUGCUGCUACCUAUAAAAGAGAGAUACUCUAAGAACCCAAGAACUAUUUAUGGGGGGUGUUUAUACAACACAUUUAAACUGUUUAACGUAGUUUUGGUCGCAAUCAUGAAAUAUUGCAGAUUUGUGAUUUUUGAAGAAAUAAUUCUUGGGCUCUUAGAUUAAUAGAUUAAAGAAAAACGGUUGUGUCCACAUUUUGUAACCGUAACCUAGAAUAACUAUGUGUAAAUGUAUAGAAUUUAGAAUACGUCAAAACUUAUUGUCUAGUUUAAAAUGACGCACUUAAAUACAGUUUUUUCUUCAGAUACCUUUCUGUUACCUAACAGCUUUAAUUUUCCAUAUUAAAAAUAAAUGGAAAAACCUGAAAUAUUUCUAUAAAAAUUUGUAAUCAUCAUAUUGUAUUAUUAUUAUAACGUUCGGUUUUAUUUUAUCUUGGAUAUUAUCAUAAUAGGUUUUACAGAUCAACUGGCCUCGUGUGCUAAUAAUAUUUAAAAUGUUAUUAAUUAUUAUUAAAGAAUACUUGUUGCGUUAUUUUGCACUAGAUAAAAAUAGUCUUAGAAGUGUUUGUGUAAAUUUAGAAUGUGUAAUGGUUUUCGUUAGUCUUCCAAUCAGCGAAGGUUGACUGAAAAAUGGUAUAUUAUUGUAAAGUUCAUUAAUAUAACUAAUUAAAAAAUAAUAAUAUCGAGUGUGCAAACAAUUCUGUUAUUUUUUGGGAUGGCAAGCGCGUCUUUGUUGUGCUUAAAUCUAAAAUAUGUAUAUUUCUGAAUUUAACCAAAAACAUGACUGAUAAUUAUUAUUAUUGAAAACUUUCUCCGUGUUAUAUUUUUUAAAUUAAUUUCUCAAUUUUUAUUAGGUAAAUAAAUUAAUGGUUCUAAUAUUAGACACUAUAAAAUUAUAAGUAUACUCACUUAAAUUACUAUUUCUUUCACAAUUAAGACAAAAAGGAAUCACCUAUUCGUAAAAGACGUAAUUAAUCGAAUAUAAAAUAUAUUUUAAGUAGGUCAAUGAAUUGAUUGGCAUUACAAAUGAAAACCUCUGAAACUUAAAAGCAUAAAAAUUACAAUGGAAUUUAAUCGGGAUGCAAAGUUACAUAAUGUCAAGUUUCAGUCGCUUUCUUGGUGAGUACGCCUUGAUGUAAAUUAUUAUCCAAUGACUUUAUUAUCUAUGUAAAAUACCAAUUUAUAUAAAUAGGUACAUAAUAAAAUAAAAUGGGGUAAAUAGUAUUUAAUAAGCAUUUUAAGUUCCCAAAUAACUUCAACGUUUGCGUCGUUGUCUUCAAUAAUCAAAAAUAAUUCUAAAUAAUAAUUAUGGCCAAGAUGAGCGAAAGAAACAUUUUUUACGUGAGAUUUUAUUCGUGUGAUAGUUAUUUAAAAGUUUUAAUUUUUUUAAGGUUGAUAAAUGCUCUUUAUAUGAAAAAAAUAUAGAAUAUGUUAUGACGAUUAAUAUUGUUAGAAAAAAAAAACAAAAUAAUAUUAUUAUCAUAAUGGAAAAAUUGGUGCGUUAAUUUUUAUUGUUAAUUAGCUAAGUGUAAUGUUGCUUUAUUUAAGUUAUGUUUUACUUAAAUUUUACGCAUAGUUACCACAAAAAUGUUAAACCUUUAAAAAAUUAUUUAACAUCACAAAGUAUGAUUUUGAAAGACAUAAUAAUAUCCGCAACAAAAUUAUAUCUAUUAUUUGUGUAUGUACAAUAAAGACAAUAAAAUUCAAAAAAUAAAUUAAAAUGUUCAAGUCAAUUUUACAAGUACAGCAAAUUAAACAUAUUAAUAAAACUAUUUCUGGAAUUCAUUUAAUGAAACUGUCUACUCGUAAUUCGUAAAAACACUUCGCAUAUCACGAGCAAUAAAUAAAUUAAGUAAAAAUUUUAUUUAUAAAAUAAAUUGUUAUCAUAAAGAAUAUUUACGUGAAGUUUAUAUUAUUAGUUUAUAAAUUAAUUAUUUUUCUAUAUCUGUAUACGAAUUGCAUAGAGAGAUAUUCAUAUUUAAAAAUAUUGUAAUUUCAAAACCAUAAUACCUAGGAGGAAGUGGGGCAGAAAAAUUCAAAAUGACAUUUUAUGUCUUAAAUAUCACUUAAUAAAAAACUGGUUAAAUAAGGAGAUAAAAAGUUAUACCAUUUUAAGUACAAUACGGGUUUCGUAUCAUUCUGCCCCACCGACGGGGCAGAUUAAUACAUCAAUAUGAGCACUUUGAAAUUAACUAGAAAUGGAAAAAAAACUUGAUUAGGUACACUUGAAAAGUAUUUUUGGAUAUUAAUACUUUUGUUAAAUAAUACUCUAAAUGAGUAAGAAAAACCUGUUAUUACGGUUUGCAAAAUUUUAGCAGCGCUUUUUGCUUUCAAGAUGUUCAAGGCUAAAUUAGUGACGUAUUAAAAUACAAAACUAACUGGAUGUUACUGAGGUUGCCACUGUAUUUGCAACACGUAUAAAGGCAUGUUUUAGCGUUGUCCAAUCCAAAUCCAAAAUGAAAAUAUCUUUGGUGUAUCAAUGUGCCCCUUAUAUCUAGCUGCCCCACUUCUCUCUAUAUUGAAAAUUAUCAACAACACUACAGAGUACCUAAUGAAUUAAUAAUAGUUAUAAUGGAAAAUUAUAAUCGAGCACAAAAAUGAUUUUCGGACAAUACCAGAAUUCUAUGCUACCACUAUGUUGCAAUAACGUAUUUGCUUGUUUUUUCAAUUCAGGAGUUUAUCAAACAGUCUCUUGAACUAUUUAUUGAAGUUUUGUUAAAAAUAAUUUUUCUUUUAUCUAUAUUCAUCAUUAUCAUUAUCGCCUGUCCAUUACUGAGAAUGGAUGAAUUUUCCAGAAUAAGAAGGGCAAAGUCCACCACGCUGGUCAUUUACGGAGUGGCAGACAUACUUAUUUUUAGUCUAGCCAUGAAGAGAAAUCAUGGAGAAAUCCUACACGUAAUAAAAUGUGUGAUUCAGAAGUUUGAUUGUCUUAUACGAAAAAUAUAUAAAUAAGUAAUUUGCAAAUUGCCAUAAUUGUGAAAGUGUGUCUGUCUGUCUGCUGCUGAACCGAUUUUGAUAAAAUUUGGCACGUUUAAUCGCGGCAUCAGUUAGAAGUUAUAACUUCUAACCAAUGUUAUAGAUACAUAUGAAUUAUAUGAAAUAUGAUGUUAGAUAUGAUGCUCUAAAUAUGAAUAAAUCUAUUUACCGAUAUUGUUAAUUAAUUUUCAAAAAAAUGAUUUCCCAUUAUUAAAUAGGUAGGUGCUUAAUUUUUCUUAUUGUUAUUUUGUUAUUUGUCUUUUUUUAAGUACAUACUUAAAAGACAAAUCUUUGAGUGCGUCCGGUUUUUUUUUAAAUUUAAAAUUUUAAAUGAAAUGUUACUGCAAAUUAUUCGCAAUAACAGUAUCUAACAUUUCGUUAAAAAUUUGUGAUGAACCAUUAUAAAAUACAUGUACCUAAUUGUAAUACGCGAUGUAGAUUGAUGUACUUACUAGAAUAUACAAGCUUGGUAUGAAAAGACAUUUUAAUAAAAUUGAUAUGUGAUUAA